AUGGAUGUGAUGUUGGUUGAGGUUUUGGUGGCGCUUUUGUGUGUAUAUUGGACCCUCUCCCUCAUUCUACUGCGUUGGCCCACUCUGCUGCACAAGAAAAAGACCACGGCGAUAUCCGCGACCGUUGUGUGUCAUCGUGGUGGAUCUGGGGAGUUCAUUGAAAACACUCUCCAUGCCUUUAGUAGUUCCGUCAAACUCGGUUGCGACAUGCUUGAAAUCGACUGUCAGCUGACCAAAGAUGAGGAGGUGGUGGUGAGUCACGACAACGAUCUUACUCGCGCUACCGGUGUUAGCAAAUGUAUCAGUGAUCUAGCUUUCAACGAGUUGCCUCAGUACUCCGACCAAUUGGCUGUCACCUUCGGAUUCGGUCGAGAAUGCAAGGCGGAGGAGGGUGUUUCACGCCAGAUCCCCCUUCUCCGAACUGUUUUUGAGCAAUUUCCUCACACACCAAUCAAUAUUGACGUAAAGACGGACAAUCCGGUGCUGAUCAAGAAGAUCUCAGCCCUUACCGAGGAGUUCAAUCGUGUCGAUAUUACAGUAUGGGGCAGUUUCUCCGAUGCCGUGAAUCGGAAGUGUCAAAUGGAGAACCCGCGAAUUGCCACUUUUGUACCGAUUAAACAAACUCUCAAGAUUGUCUUUGCUUAUUACCUAGGUCUACUGCCUUUCUUGUCCCUCUCGGAUGGAUUUUUUGAAGUCCCAUUAGUGCAAAAUUUUGGCCGAAUGCCCAAUGUGGUUGAAUACAUCAAAGCGCGAGCUGCUAGAAUCCCAGCCUUCUUGAAAUGUGGCUUCACCGACGAUGAUUUACUUCGGUGGAUUAUACAAUUAGCCGAUUUUUUGCUGAUGUCGGAAAAGUUGGUUAAUCACCUCAGGGCCCGCGGCAUUCAGGUGUUCUAUUGGGUGUGUAACACGGAAAAGGACUACGAUAAGGCCUUCUCAAUGGGACGCGUCGCUGUGGUGACGGAUUAUCCUAGUCAACUAAUGCAUUACCUUGGGCAGCAUCCAGAGAUCCAACGGGGUACAUUCUCUUCGAAGGCUCUGCCUAGUGAUACCUAA